UUUUUUUUAAUUUUUAUUCUGUCAUAAAAAUGUCUGAAUGGAUUGAAUAUAAAAGUCAACUUUUAAAAGCCUAUUUUUCUUCAAGUGGUGGAGUGGCAAACAAAGAUUCUUCAUUUUACAAGGAAUUUGUGUCGUUUCUUUCUCGUUAUGAAACAAAAAUUGCUAAUAGCACUUCAAAAAGGCCUGUCAACACAAACCUUUUAGAAAUUGAUGAAGAUAUUCCUUGUAAUUCCCAUGGAGUGCCCCAAACCCAAUUUAACAAAUUUUUUUCAACAAAUGUGGUUAUUGGCGAAAAUGUGGCAGAUAAAUUGGCUUUGAGGAAUAUUCCCCCUUUAAUAAUUAAACAAUUUGAAUUCAUUAUUUCCCUCUUUUACAAAUUCAAAAAUUCAAGAAAUUUCAAAAAACUAAAAAAAUUGAGAAGUGGACAAAUAAACUUGCCUAUAUAUCAAAGCAAAGAUGAAUUACUUGAAAAAUUGGAAAAUUUACCUCAAUAUUUACUCAAUGCUGGUUACACCAAAAUUGCUUGCACACAGCCUAGAAGGAUUGCUUGCACAGCCCUCGCCCAAAGAGUAGCGCUUGAAAUGCUUAAACAAUUUGAUUCUGAAAUUGCUUACCAAACAAGAUUUGACAAAACAAAAACAAGUUCAACUCGAAUGCUUUUUCUAACAGAAGGAGUUCUUUUACGCCAACUUGUAGAUGAUCCUGGUCUACAGCGUUAUAAUGUAGUUAUUUUGGAUGAGGUCCACGAACGUAAUAUAUCAGGUGAUCUAUUAGUAGCUUUACUCAAAAGUGCUUGUCAACGAAGAGAGGACCUCAAAUUAAUUUUAAUGUCAGCCACUAUAAAUAUUGAACUUUUUCGUUCUUACUUUCCAGAAGCGCCAGAAAUAUCUGUUCCAGGACGUCUUUUUCCUAUUGAAUUGAGAUAUAUGCCUCCAUUAAUAAGAGAAGUUGACAUUUCUCGUAAAAAAUCGGCAAAAAUAGAUGCUGGUCCAUAUGUAAAUAUUUUACAAUUAAUUGACAAAAAAUACAAAAGUAGUGAAAGAGGAGAUGUUUUAAUUUUUUUAAAUGGAAUAUCUGAAAUUUCAAUAAUUGCUGAGGCCUGUAAAGAAUAUGCUGAAUUUACAAAGAAAUGGAUUAUUUUAAUUUUGCAUAGUACUCUUUCUGUUGAAGAACAACAAAAGGUUUUUGACCUUGCACCAGUAGGUAUCCGUAAAUGCAUCCUUUCAACAAAUAUAGCAGAAACGUCUGUAACAAUUGAUGAAGUUCGUUUUGUAAUUGAUUCUGGUAAAGAAAAUUUGAUGAUUUAUGAUCCGUCAAUUCGAACACACAAACUAGCAGAAACAUGGAUUUCUAAAGCUAGCGCUAAUCAGAGAAAAGGAAGGGCUGGAAGGACAGGUCCAGGCGUUUGUUUCCGUCUCUAUUCUGAAGAAGAAUUUUCUAAAAUGGAAGAUUUUACCUUGCCAGAAAUUAAACGAGUUUCUUUGGAUACUUUAAUUUUACAAAUUUUGGAUAUGAAUAUGCAAAUUGAUGUCCGCGAUUUUCCUUUUCUGGAAAGCCCAGAAAUUGGCCCUUUAAAUCAAACGUUGGAAUCAUUAAAAAGUCAAGGUGUAGUGAAUGCUUUAAAUGAGAAAAUGUUAACUCCACUUGGAAUUAUUUUGGCGAGAUUACCUGUUGAUAUUCCGAUUAGCAAGAUGUUAAUUUAUGCUUGUGUUCUAAACAAAUUAGAAAUUGCAUUAACUAUAGCUGCAGGUCUAUCAGUACAAUCACCUUUCACCAACCGUUCUUUUCGUGAUUCUGAUUGUGUAAAUAGUCGACAACAUCUUUUGUCAGAUAUUGGAGAUCCUUUUACACUUUUACGUGUUUACAGAGAAUGGCUAAAAUUGAGAAUGGAUGGAGGGCAAGACACGCGACGUUGGGCGCGUCAAUUAGGAAUUGAAGAAACUCGACUUUUUGAAAUAACAAAAUUAAGAAGACAAUUUAAAGAAAUAUUAGAACAAGCAGAAUUAAUUCCAAAACAAGAAGCAAAAGAAUGGGAAGAAUUAAGUUCGAAAGAAAGAAGAAUGCUUGUUGGAGAGAAACGAAAACUUUUUGAUUUGAAGAAGAAAGCUGGGUAUGAAGGAAAGAAAACUAAAAUUUUGAGAGAAGGACAACAUUUUGAUACAAUUUUGGAAAAAAGUGGAAGAGGUUUGGAAGAGGAAGAAAUGAAAAGAAGAGGCCCUCAAAUGUUGGAGAACACCCAAGAUCAAAUUCAGCAUUUGGAAUUUUCGCUUCUAUCUUCUGGAAAGGCUUUAGAACGUGAAUUAGCAACUCAUAAAUUUGACGAUAUUUUGGCUAUACAAUUAAAAUUAAUUCUUGCUAUGGGCAUUUAUCCUCAAUAUGCGGUGGUUGAUCCAGCAAAUAAUUUUCGUGAAGGGCAUGACCAAUUUGCACACACACCAUCAAAACCAUUUGUAGUUAUUCACCCAAACAGUUCUUUAGGCCAAAGACCAGAAGCUCUUCGAAUAGAAAUUGACUUGGAUGGACGUUCUUUUCAACACCAAUUUAUUUUUUACGGACUUUUAUUGGAAACAACAAAGCCUUAUUUAUGCAAUACUUGUAGAAUACCAGCAACUUUUUUGUUAAUAAUUGCUAGAAAUGUAAAAAAAAUUUUAUAUAAUUAUUGGUGGGGGCCCGGUUAGUUUCGGUUCGAGUGAUCAAAUCGAACUUCGAAUUUUGGCACGAAAAAGACUCAGUGCCCCGAUUCGAUAAAAAUAAGGUUCUAAAAAAUGACUCGAACGUCGGCCGAUUCGAAACCACCCCCAACCCUAUAAUAAUAAUAUUUUUAUAUUCUUUGGGGGAUAAUUCGUCUAUUUUAAGGGUAAAAAAUAUUUUUAAUAAAAAAUCAGUUUGGAUGUUUACUCAAAAAAUUUAUUUGUAAAUAAGAAAUCCUGAUAAAAUCCUUGAUAGGCCUGUAAUUAGGAUCAGCAAAAACCGGGGGGGUUCAUUUUUUUUGAACGAAUAUCUUUUUAAGGGUUGCAAGUGGCGGGAAACGGUUUUCUGAUAUAUAUUUGUGAUCGUUAUGGGCAUCUUGGGACAAUAUGCAAAGUUCGAAAAAUUUCGUUUAGGGGGUCGAAAACCCGAAAAUAAAAAUGUCACAUUUCGCCAAUUUCUCUAUAACUCGAAAAGUAGAACCCGGAGCAAAAAGGUUCUGCAUGAGGAUGUUUAAGUAUUUAGUGGCCCGACCCAAUGAAAAAAAAAUUUUCCCGAAUCGGUCGACUUUAGGGGUAGUUAUGCCCCGAAUAAAAUUUCCACUGUGACGAAACGUCCAAUUUUCGAACUUUUUAUAGAGGGGUCGAAUCGGCCUGAAACUUAGGUCUUAUAGGGUAUCGGCUAUGGCAAAUUUAUUAAAAUACUUUUUAACUGGGUCACUUGAGUCUGGGUGGGUCAACUUGAGUCUUGAAAAAAAAUAUAUAAAAAAAGGGGGGGUUCAUUAUUUGAAAUCAAAGAUCUCCGGAACGAAAAGUAGCAGAGAUAUGGGGUCUGGGGGGUUAUAUUUG